AUGGAGAGCUUGGUUAGAUUUUGUACAAGUGGAAGACUACCAGUGAAGUCGUUCAAGGGAAGGUACAACUCGGUUAACUGGGUGAGAUUGCCAAAUUCAUACGGGAGUGUAGAGGAGGUGAAGCUGUUAGAACCGAGACUAAGAUUCCGCACAAAUGAUAAACUACCAGUGAGCUCGUUAUCGGAAAGGUCUAAAGCGGAAAGCAUGCUUAGGUUACUGAAUGAAAAAGGAACUUGGCCGAGGAAGCCACUACUUGAAAGAAACAAUACCUCUAAUUUGUUGAGCAUUCCAAACUUGGAAGAAAUUGAAGAGGAG